UUACCUGGAACUGCCAAGAUUGUGUUUCCUUAUCUGUGGGGCUCGGAGCAUUUUGGAUUUCCUCCGUCCUUCGCUAAAGUGGGAGUUUGUGAGGGGAUUUUGCAGCGUGAGUGCACAGAGGUCAAGUGUGGAUGUAAUCUUGAUGCUGGUAUUCAGACCCCGGGGGGAUUCCUGAAGCACCUGAGCCACGAGCUUUCGUAGAGCUACAUAAGGGAGUCAGGUAAACCUACACGUGACGCUUGGUGAUGCCAGUAUGCCUGGAGAGACAGGACUCAAAGCCAGUUGCCAUGGAAACACCCAAGUUUGCCCCACAGGAAGCGAUGAAGAGGAAGAUGAGAAGCAAAAGCAGACUCCUCACAUGAUUGCUCAAGCGGGUAUGGGUCUGUACCUACAGCCCACCGAAGCACUUUUCUUAGAUAGAGAUCACCUCACACCAGAUGAUACGAAGGAAGACUGCAAAGAGUGGAUGUCACUAGCAGACUUGAGCCGGGAUGACUCCUCUUGUCUCGAAGGCUGUGUGCAGUUAGAAAGGAGGUGGAUGCUCUGGCACGAAUUCAUGAAGGAAUACUCUUCCUUGGACGACUGGCUUCAGUCGGCAGAGAAAUUGGCUGCUUCCCCAAACUCCAGCCAUGUGCUGUACAUCACUGCAAAAGAGGAACUGCAGAAAUUUGAGAGUCUCCGCACUGAGGCUAGGCUACGCUUGCUCCAGCUGGACAGCCUGAGCCAGAGUAGCCGCAUCCUACUGGGUCUGUUCAGGGGUGCUAUGAGAACCAGAUUGGUAGAAAUGACUAAAGAAUGUGGCCGGCGCUGGGACCAGCUCAGCACCACUGUGGACUCUGUCUGCCGUCGGCUUAAGCACUUUGUGCUCCAGCGAGAGGACUUUGAGAGGCAGAGGGAAGAGAUGGCUGUCUGGCUGGCAGACAUGGAUCUGAGACUGACCGAGGUAGAGCACUUUUCUGAGAGGAACACCUGUGCCAAGAUGCGGCAGCUUCAGGGCUUCCAGCAGGCUGUGGCUGAAAGUGCAUGUCGUCUGAAUGCGUUGCUUGAGCAAGGAGAAGAGCUGAUCCAGCGGAGUGAGCCGACUGAUGCUCAGGCCAUUGAGAGCCAGCUGCAGGAGCUGCUGCUGUACUGCGCUCGCGUCUUCCAGGGCCUGGGCCGCCUUCAUACACGCCUUCUCAGCAUGAGACUGGUGUUUGAGGAGGACUGGCCUUUGUGUCCUGACUCAGGAUGCCCAUCUGAGACUGUGCUGGAGGAGGAUGCUAUGGUUGAUCACAAUACAUCUCCUCCAGUCCAGAACAGCACUUCUCAGCUCUGCCAUGAGCACUUGGUCCUAGAGUGGGACCCCUCAGUGGACAUCGGGGGCUCCAUCUCCCACGAUGAUGCAGACUCCUCUUACUUCAGUGCUGGGGCAGGUGUCUGCAGUACAGAGGAACUGCUUACCAAAGAUCCUCUGAGGAGGAGAGCUUACUUGAGUCCAGCGGACUCACGAAAGGCCCAAACAUGUGUCCAGCAGCCGGUCACAGAGAGGAGCUUAGAGGGUGUGGCUCCACCCCAGACCCCGGUGCCAGACGCUGGCAGGCUGCAGUAUGACAGGCUUUGGAAAACCUCCACUCCAGACUCGCGCUCACCUGAGCCUGUCAACUUUGACCCUGAGCGCAUCAGUGCCUGGCUGGGCCAGACACACAGGCUUUGCUCUAAAGCUGUCCAAACAGAGCUCACUCCACAGCGGUACUCCAGUUUUACUUCAUCACCAUCCGCCCAGGAGGAGGAGGAGGAGGAGGAGGAGGAGGAGGAGGAGGAGGAGGUGGGGGGCGUGGAGUAUCUCGAGAAUGCACUCCCCAAGAGGCCCCCCUACUCAACGCAAGCACAAAACAUGUGUUCCACUCAGUCAUGUGACCUUCCACCUCACUCCAGCAAACGUCAUCCAAACCCACAGUGUUUGAAGAGACCGUGCUCCAGUGACUCAGAGGUGGACUGCAGCCGUAAUAAGAUGUGUUGUGGUAAGAUGGUUUCUACAGAUCAUUGUGGCCCCUGGUCCCAGAGAAGCCUCAAAGUAAUAAAUGUGCUAAGAGCCCCAGCUCUGCUCUAUGUUCUGUUGGCUCUGCUGCUGGUUGUGGUGAUCUGGCCCCCUGCAAUGCUCCAGGACAACCAGUGCCACCGCUCCAACUCUCUGGAGCGCUCUUUUCACUUCGCCUUGCGCUACGUCAACGGACCACCUCCAACCUAAGGACAGCAGUGAUGCUCAAUACAGCAGCUUAUAAUGUUGUGAAAGGAGAGCACUGGGACAAGAGAACUAUUACACCUAUACACUAUGUAGGAUGGUAUGAAGAAAGCCCAUUCUUUAGGCUGUGUCUGCCACGUGGCAUUGGUCUUAUGUAUGAGUUUUAUGACCAUUUGUUGUACUUGACACUGGCACGUUUAAGCUCAGAAUCUCAAGGAGUGUGCUUAUUGAUUUAGUUUACACAAGUGCCUCUCAAUUUUGAGCUGUCACACUGGCAACAUUCUCUUCAUUUACCAAUUAAGGCACAUCUAACUAGAUACAUGUAGAUUUGGUUAAGUAAAGGCCUGUGCAUAAGCCAAACAUUCAGUGCUAAACGUCCUGUGUAAGUCUACUUGGUGGGUCCAGCCUUCACAAAAAAUACAACUGGGGAAAAUUUGUGGGCAUUCAGCAUUGUGUUUACAAAAGCAACUUAUGGCACAGGGGAAUGAAGAUGACUGAAUGAGUUGUAUAGCAUAUAAUUACAUACAAAUUAUUUAUUAAUAUUUUAAAAUAAAAGAAAUGUCAAUUAAAAUGUAGCCUAUUGUAUGAACUGUUUGAGAAACCUGUAAGACAGUUUUUUUGGUACUGCAGAAAAAAGAAACAGAACCACUACUACAUGAAGCAUUCUCUGUUUACUAUGCUGUCAGUAAACUCCUUGUGUUGUCUGUGGCACCAAGUCAGCAACAUCUGACUUUAAAAAAAAAAAAAAAAAAAUGUGUUCGCCUUUCUCCUUUUUUCUUAUUUUUGUCACAUCAACAUCCUGCUGUAGAAUUUCACGGUUUUGGUCUCUAUGUGGAAAUAUAGAAGUAUGUGAGGCAACCUUAAUAUGAUGCACAUAUGGAAUAUAUGCUCAGCAAAAGAGUUGCUGCAGCAUUUUAUUCCCUGAAGCACAGAUUUUAUUUACUACAUUGCUCUUGCUAUGGCUGCCACAGUUGUGAAUGGUGACGUUUUAAUUGUUAUGUUAUAUGAAUAGUUGUGAUUAACAAUUUAAUGAUAUGAUAUUUUAAUGUUCAUAAUAACUAUAAAGUACAAGCCUUAAGUGGUCAAAUUAGCCGAUAAGCUGUUGAUACUUUGUAGCUCCCAACUCAUGACAGAAACCGCUCGAGCAUAAACAUUUACUCAUUGCUGCCCUCUGAAUGUGUUAUAGCACCAAGUCAGACAUUAGAGCUCUUGCAGUUUCACAUUCUCUUUGUUGUGGUGUGAACAUAUAAUUGGGAGAGCUAACAAGUGUGGAAAACAAAAUUCUUGUGGUCAGCUAAAAUAAUUGAGACCCAGCUAUUGUGCAAUAAUUGUGACAGGCCUUGCCCCAGCCUCAGCAAACACUGUGAACUAAUACUGAGACAAAUUACUUUGCAUUCACAUAUUCUGAAGUAUCAGAACAGACAGAUUUGGGACGUAUUAAGAGAAAAUAAGAGGCUUUGUCAAGAUGUGUGGUUGUCCAAUAUACUUCCACUUUAGACUCUUUGAGGAGACCUUUUUGUAAUCAGUUCUAUAUCAAAGAGUAGUUUUAGCUGGGUCAGACUUCCAUGCCUCAUGAUAGAAUAACUUCAGAACCAUUUGACUUUAGCAUUAACUGUUGUUGUUGUUGUUUUUUUUUCUGUUUUGUGGUGAAAGUUAACUGCUAGAAAGCUCAAGUGUGCAUAUAGGUGCCUUAAAAUGUGUAGUCUUUUUAUGGCUCCUGCCAUGCCACUUGCCAAAAAAGUACACAAAUAUGUUGCCUUUACUGUAAAACCAUUACUGGCCUAAUACUAUGUUUCAAGAGCAAGCUGAAACAAGAUUUGAGUUUUCUUGUUUUCUUUUUCUUUUUUUUUUUUUUUGCAUACAUUUUUAAACCUGAUUGGUCGAUUUACAUGUUUGUACAAACUCUUUUGUGAGAAUUGACAAAAAAUUAUAAAUGUGGUCCAAUUUAUGAUCAAAAAGAUCAGAUUUUUGUGUUUGGAGUUGAAGUAAAAGAGGAGAGUGGGGUAUCGGAUUGGACUGACUACUUUAGCCUUGGGCACUGGAGUGUUAUGUGUGGUAUGUGUUGUGGUAGCAGCCUUGAACCACAUGAUGGGGAAUUGCUUUAUUAGAUAUUACAAAGCAGUGUGAAAAAUACAACUGGGAAAAUGUUAUGGGCAUUCUGCACUGUGUUUACAAAAUAAUUGUCAUGUAGCAAAGCUUUAAAGAAGACCGUUUGUAUCAAGAGCAGCUUUUUGCACCAUUUUUAUUACAUUUAAAAUAAAGUAAAUGAUCGAAAACAA